AUGGUGCUGGUGGACGAUGAUGAUCAUGGCGUCAAAAAGUAUUUGACGUCAUGGACAAGUCCAGAUGAUCCUUCUCCACGUGAUUUUGUUUAUAAGAUCCAAAACCGGGGAUUGGCUGAUAUGGUUGUUCUGGAAGGGGCAAGAAAAAGAUACCGACUUGGACAGUGGAAUGGAAUGCAUUUUUCUGGAUAUCAAAGAUAUCCGAAUCCCAUUUUCAAACCAUUCUUUGUAUUCAAACAAGACAGGCUGAUAUCCAUUGGAGAGGCCUACAAGACCUCCCUUUUCGUAAGAUCCCCUUUACACACAUCUGGUUCAGUUCGGCGCCAUACUCUCAAUCUCAGAAAAGGCAAGUGGAAUCUUGCCACCAUGUUUCCCUUGGAUACAUGCAAUGAAUAUUCGAACUAG